AUGGAACCACCUGUCCGAGAUGUACACGCAUUGCCUGUCAUCAAGUGUUCGUCCUGUGAUGAAGGUGUUGAUAUGAUGGCCAUGGGUGACCACAAAUGUGCCACAACAACUCAGGUCGCGAGUGUUCCUCAAAGUCUUCCUCGGACGAAAUCGUUCAGCGGCUUGAGACAGCAACAACAAUCAAGGCGACCUCCUUUACCGAAGAUCGAUCCUUACGCUGCGGUUCGGCCACCAGUCUGGAAAGGAGAGCUCACACCUGCCAGUAGCGGACAUAGCUCCUUGGUCUCACCUGCUUCCGCAACGUCUUCGUCGAGACCUCCAUGGCCACCGACUCGUAAAGGAUCCAUGCCUGAAGCUCGACGGCCCCCUUCACCUGAGUUGACGAACCUAGACUGCGCCUUUCCACCAUUUCCGCUGCCAUCAAGAGCUGCAACGACGAAGAAGCGUGACAGGGCAGCCAGUCAACGAAGCUUAACUCAUCGAUCAAGAUCAAGAGGCGCACCAGAAUCAGCUCGUGCAGACAACUUGUCAAGGAAGGGAUCUGCAAACGAUAGUGUGCAGAGUACGUCUGAAAGCCGUCUGAUGGGAAAGCGUUCACGUCCAUCGACGCCCUCAAGCAGGAACGGGUCUCUCAGUACUAAGAGCGACAGUCGUCAACAAAGCGUCGACAUAGUACCUCAAGUUCACAUAACCCCCAUUGACGAGCUCGCCACCGUUCCGGUACCAGAAGUGCACAUACCUGCCGAGCCAAAGCCUUUUUUGCUUUCCAGAACAUAUACCGAACCACUACCUCUACGCUCCCCAUCCAUGGAUUCUGGCCUUAGUGCUUUCGAUUUUGGGACCACCGAAACCAACACAAGUCCGCCAACAAAACCCACUAAUGAAUCAAUAUCUAAUGCCCCAGAAAUCGAGAACAAACCCAGGAGUGAGACACAUCCAUCGUAUAAGGCAAAGAGACCACCACCCCUUGCAAGCCAGCACUCCGAACCCACGAUCAGCAGGACCAAAUCCCCUAUGAGCCCGCAACCUCCAUCCGCAGGAGUCUUUGCGACGACUUUUGGAAGGCUGUUCGGCCGCCGCCCGUCUAAUUCUCCAAACCCAAGCCGUGACGUGGCCCGGCAGGCUCUGAGUGAUGAGCCUGAAGUAUAUGCAGAUGGUGCUGAGCGGUCAUACCUUCUGAGUCCCGAUAGCGAGACAGGGCGGUCGUACCUUCUUAGUCCUGAUAGCGACAAAGAGUUCCUCUCAGCAGAACCCUCACCGAUCUCGUCGAUUCCCGAAACAUCUCCUGGGCCGUCACCAAUACAUGAGGAGUCGUUGAAAGCUCUCGAAGGAGUGAUACCUGCACCUGCAGCUAUCCCCGUUGUGGUCAUCGAGCCCACACCGGAAAAAGAGUCCACGGAAACGGCCGUGGUCACACGGCCAGAGGAGCCUCUACGCUUUCCCAGAAUUUCCCGAAUCGUGGAAGAACCCCCUUCAUUCAUUAGCGAAACCAGCACGCGAGACUCCAUUGACUCUGCUUCCUCUUACGGCUCCGUUGGAUUCUCUGAACGUACCACAAGCUCGAGCUCCAGUUCACCACAGCCCGAGCUUUCCCCAACCAAGCAAUUCUCUGACCUAAGUGUCGCCGAUAUGCCUGCACCACUACGACCUCGGAUUCCCGCACUAUCCCCUGAUUCGCCUACUGAUCCUAACCUCCAGCAUGGUCGACUUUCUCCCAUACUGGAUGUGGCAGAUGAGCCAAAGGUUCCCGCCGACUCGUUGCAGCCCCUGUCUUUCGACUUUGAUGUAACCCCUUCGCCACCUGCAGCGCCAGUCCUGCCCAGAGCAUCUACGGAACCAGAUAUGUCUACGGUGCGCAAACCCAAACAUGCAAGACCAAACAAGGGCGUAUGCCGCGGCUGCUCUCAAGUCAUUCUGGCAUCACAAAAAUCGGUUUCGAGUGCAGACGGGCUACUCACAGGCCGGUAUCACAAGGAAUGCUUUGUGUGUCGUACCUGCAAGGCUAUGUUUCCUACCGCCGAAUUUUACGUCCACGAUGACAAACCGUACUGUGCGCAACAUUAUCACGAAGUGGCCAACUCCUUGUGUGCCAGUUGCGGCAAAGGUAUUGAGGGGCUUUAUAUGGAAACCGCCAAUGUCGCUGGCCGGGGCAAGGAGAAGCAUCACCCGGAAUGCUUGAAGUGUACGACGUGCAGAGUCCGACUGGACCACGAUUACUUCGAACUGUCUGGCAAAGUGUACUGUGAGCGAGAUGCCUUCCGACUGGCCAGUCUGCCCAAGGCUCGAGAGAAUGCUCCCAGUCGACCAAGUCCGCUUGUCCGCGAGUAUAUCAGCAGCGGCCAAGACGGACUGGUAAAGGGCAGGAACUUUCCGGAACGAAGGACGACGAGACUUCUGGCCAUGACCUAG